CUGAAUUUGAGUUUUUGUUUUCAACCGUCAAUAAAUUGAUAAUUCGAGAUGGAAGCUUUAACAUCGAGGGAAGACUCUGAAAAUCGGAUCACCAUUGGUGGUAAAAGAAAAUCUUCGAGCCGCCGAUCUUCGAUUUUGAAGGCCACAAAAUCUCCAUUGAAAGCUGGUGUCUUAGAAGAUUUGGAUCCAAAUUCAUUGGAUGAUAAUGGAAGAAGCACAUCCAAAAAAUCUAGACGAUCCUCUGGAAGGAGAGUCAGCUUUGCAGAGAAGAAUGACAUCAAAGAAUUCUUUGUAGAAGAUUGGAAGAAUUCCUGGCCCAAGGAUCAAGAGAAUAGUAAUCUUCUUGAGCCGAGAUCUGCAUCUCAAGGUGAAUACAGGGAGCCAGCUAAUUCCAUUGAAGGUCUUGAAUCCCUGUUAAAGGGUAAUAUUCAAGCUCUGGAUGAUAUAAAUGUUUGCCAAGUUGACACUGAGGAGAUGCCAGAAAUGUCAGUUUUAAAGCCAAAUGAACAAGCAGAUGAAAUGGAGUAUACCAUUUGCCACAGUUCAGUUUUGCAAAACAAUGCUACAAACAUGGAGAAUACAAAGAUUUUUAGCCAUGAUGCAGCUGUUGAUCUUGAUAUAACAUGCUCACAAAAAGAAGUAUUUUACCAGGAUAGUUUGAAUUACCAGCUUACUUCACCCACUGGUUUGCAGGAAAAUGAAAGAAUGGACAGCACAUCUUUCCUCUUGUCACUGGGAUCAAAGCAAGCACCUACUCAAGGAGUCAAAGUAACGCAUGACCUUGCAAUUUCAGCAACAAGAAGCAAUGACAACACCUCCAGCAUGAGGCAGCCUUUAGGUGAGAUCAAAUAUGAGCAGGGUGGUUUUGACAGUCAGAGAGGAUCCCAGCAAAGUCCAGAUUCAAAUGCAAAUGUAGAGCUCACAGCUUGUCACAGUUUCACUGUUAUUGAAAGCAAUGCACAGAGAGCCACACGAGGAAGUGAUUAUGAACCUGCUGACCUUGAUCUUACAUCGUGCUAUGGUCAAGAACUAACAAAGUCAUCAGACAUUCUUGACGUUGGUGUACAAAAGGGUCUGGGAUUAGAAGUUACAACAGAUUUAAAUGCCUGCAGAAACAGUUUUGAGACAAAUCUGCAGGACCAGGCACUGCAUGUAAGUGAAACCCAGCUCAAUAGAACAAACUGUUCGAGAAAUGGUCUUUCAUCAGCUGAUAAUCAAACAAAUGUGCGGGAAGUACAGGAGGAUUCCAAAAAUGACUUUUCGUUUGAUAGCACUGUGUUUUUGAGGUCCCUUGGUGCAACGAAAACCCCCCUUGCUUCAAUUGAUGUAGACAGAGCCAAUGUUGAAAUAAAUCAAGAUGAAAGUGAACUUCCAGGAAGCAUUGGUCAUCUCAACAUGACACACUGCCAUGGAACAGGAAUUUUGCCAAACACAGGACCACCAGUGUUGAUCUCUGGGACCAAUCAAACAAUGGUAUUUAGUUCCAAUACCAAUAGCACUGAUUCCCUUGAUCUGACAGUUUGUCAGAUGCAAAAGCAGCAGGCUGCUCCCACUCCAUUUUUGACUCAGUCAUCACCAAUCUCUCAAAAUGAGCAAAACUCACCAAGUACAACUUCAAGUAAAAUGAAUUCUUCAGUUUUCUUGAGAUCUCUUGGUGUAGCGAUGCGAUCUGCUGACACAGAUGAAGAGGAAUGUGAUUUGGAGCUCACUACUUGCCACAGUCAACCAGUGCUGGAAAAUGUAGCACAGAACCCAAGCCAGGACAGUGUUACUGAACUUGCAGAUUUAGAUGUCACUUCAUGUCAUGGCCCAGGGCUUGUACAAUCUGAAGACAACUGUGAUAGAUUAAAUGCAAAUACAGGGAAAACCAACCAGCUUUUUGAAUCUGCUGAUGUAGAUGUCACCGUUUGUCAUGGUUCAGGGUUGCUGAAGUCAUCUGGUGGAAAUGUGGAUGAAGAAGGUCACAGUCAAGCUGUUCUAGAUAGUAAUUCACAAAAAACUAAGAUAAGAAGCCCUUUUAAAACUACCAGUUAUGCAACUUCCCUUAACAGUCCAGUACCGCUUAAGUCAUCUGGAAAACAUUCUGAUGAAUUUGUUGGGUAUGACCAGUCUUUUGGUGGCAGCAGUUAUCAGAGGAGCAAGAGGAGAAGCCUCUAUGAAGCUGCAGACAUAGAUGUAACAACCUGCUUUGGGGCUGGGCUGCUGAAAACAACUGAUGGAGAAUUGGAUGUAAAGGCUCCUUGUAAUCUGGCUGUUCUGGACAAUGGUUUGCGCAAAAAUACCAGGAGAAGCAUCUAUGAAGCUCCAGACAUAGAUGUAACAUCCUGCAUUGGGGCUGGGCUGCUGAAGACAACUGGUGGAAAAUUGGAUGCAAUGGCUCCUUGUGAUCACCCAGUUGUAGACAAUAGUUUGCGCAAAAAUAUCCGAAAAAGCCCCGAUGAACCUGCUGAUGUAGAUGUAACGUCCUGCUAUGUAGCUGGGCUGCUGAAGGCAACAGAUGAGAAACUGGAUGCAAUGGCUCCUUGUGUCCAGGCUGUUGAAGACAGUAGUUCGCGCAAAAGAAGCAGAAGAAGCGUUUACGAACCUGUUGAUGUAGAUGUGACAUCCUGCUUUGGAGCUGGGCUGCUGAAGACAACAGACAAAAGUUGUCUGGAAACCAACAUAAGAAGCAUCUAUGAAUCUGAAGACAAAGAUAUUACCUCCUGCUAUGAUGUGGGGCAGCUGAAGUCAUAUGGUGAAAAACUGGAUGCAGACGCCUAUAAAAACCAGCAUGUUGUGGAGAACAGUUCGCAGAAACACGAAAGAAAAAGCAACUAUGAUUCUGAUGACGUAGAUGUAACAUCUUGCUUUGGUCAGGGAAUGGUUCAGGUAUCCAGUGCAACAGGCACUCAUGAUCAGCCUCUUGUAGACAGCAGUUUACACAGAAUCAAAAGAAGAAGCCACUAUGAACCCGCUGAUGUAGAUAUGACAUCUUGCUAUGGUUCAGGAAUGAUCUGUGAGAGUCAGCCGGCGGAGGACACCAGUACACGUCAACAGAAGAAAAGAAGCCUUUAUGAACCUGCUGAUGCACAUGUAACAUCUUUCCACAGUUCAGGAAUGGUUACGAAGUGUAAAGAAACUGCGAAGGUAACAGAGUUACAACGUCAGUCAGCUCCAUACAUGGAUGGACCCAAGCAUAACCGAAGAAGCCUCCACGAGCCUGUUGACAUUGAUAUCACAUCCUGUUAUGGUCAAGGAACGGCUCUGGCUACGGAAGAAGAUUUGGAGGUAUCAUUCGUCCAUCAAAAACAAUUACCAGACAGUACUUUACAAAAAACUGACAGAAGAAGUCCCUAUCAAACUGAAGACAUGGACGUAACUUCUUGUUAUGAUCCAAGGAUGGCCCAGUCAUCGGAAGAAAAUGCAGGGAAAACUGUUUACCAGCCCUUUCUUGAUGAAAGUAAGCAGAUGACAAACCAACAAAACUUGUACAAGCCACAAGACAUCAAUAUGAUCAGAUGCCAAUGUCCAGAGCCUGUAAGCACCCCAAGUGAUCAAAGUUUACAACGUUCCGUUAUUGAAACGCAACUGGAUCUAGUGAAAAGUCCUCUAAAAACUUUCACAGGAGUUGAGGACAUUGCAUUGAUGGAGAGAGAAAGAGAUUUAAAUUCAAGUAAAAAUGAAACGCCUCAUUCUUCCAGAGUCUUGUCCAGUUCAAAAGCCUGUCUUGAGACAGAUGCAAAUGACAGCUUGGAUAUAGAUGAAAAAUCAUCCCUCUCCUCGCAGCAGGUGACAUUAAAGGCUGACUGUGGUGUCAGUGAUUCCAGUCCUGACAGGAAGUUGUCGGUUAUUUGUGAAGAUUCUCUGAGUGAACUCCGUGCAAAGGGACUGACUGAAGAGGAACUCGCUGAUGUCUUAGAGGAGGAGACGGCGCAGCAUUCUACACAAAAUGCCAUCACAUUGAAGGAGUUCCUUGAUAUUAUAGAAAUCGCUUUUAUCACAGAGGUCAACAUGCGUCGAAGUGUUGCACCAUCUGCUGUGGUUGAGGCUCCUCAAACUCUCAAAGACAGAAUGAUAUCAACACUAGUAUCAAAACCAAAGGCUAUUUGCUACGAGGAGGCAAUUCCAACCGUGGAAUCGGGGAUCAAAGCUAUGAAAGAAAAGGUUGAACAGCAAGAGAUGGAGUUGAAUGUGUCUAACCCCAGAAUAUUUAUGGAAGUACAAACCGCAAGUAAGGAGGAGUUGUUAGCUCUGCAAAGCAAAGUUCGUCGCCUGCGUUCUGUGUGCGAAAAAACUUCCAAACGAGAGUGGAAAGAGGGUAAAGGCCAGCUGAACAAAAAAGUACUAUCAAAACUGACGGAGAAUCACGCGGCUCUUGCAAAAGACGUGCUCACUGUAGAAGAAUCCGUGGACAUGGUGGAUGAUUGCCUCAGCAUUCUCGACACAAUAAACAAGGAUUUUGAUGAAAAAAUGAAGAACAUUCACUCGUCACUCGCGGAAAAUGAAAAGAAAAUUCAGGAACAAGCAAACAUGGUUGAGGAAUUAGCGACUAUCUCAGAGGCACUGGGAAUGAGAGAACAAGCACUCGCUGAUCUGGAAAGUACAAGGUCUCGGCUGCAGAGCGAGAAACACGAGCUGGCAAAGAACAAGGAACAGCUUGAUGGAAAGAUACUUGAGACGGAGGAAACUAUUCGCUUGGUGAAACGCAAGGACCCAAGAAGCAACAAAGCAACAAGAGAAAUGUCGCAGAAAUUAGAUAUCCUCGUAAGUUUGCAGGAUUGGUCCGUAGAGGAGUGGAAUAAAGAGCGUGCUAAAUUUGCGUUCUUGAAGAACACGUUGGAAAUUGUCGUUGUAUUUGCUCCAGAAACCACAGGAGGUAUAUUUCCUAAUCAGGAUGUAAGGAGUGUUCAACUGAAUUUCUUCACAGCAGAUACUUUUACUGGAAGAAUGGGAAAAGUCCAAACUCUCGUGAAACAGUUGGUUAAUGAGGACAUUCUCAACCAGAUGUGCUCUUCAAAGAAGGAUUUAGCCAAGGUCUUGGAACACAUGUCUGGGAUAAUUCAUAAGUCGAAAGAGAUGGGAGACGAGCUUUUCAGAAUUGGCCUGUCACAUCUCAUGUCAUUUGAAAAGGAUAGACUUGUUGUGGAGUUCUCAAGUCUGAAGGCGUUUGUGAAGUUUGUGUUGCACGUACAAGUUGGGUUCUCUUCUUAUCCAAACUGUGUCUCAUUGACUGCAUUACCAAAGAUUGGACACCUGAGUCGAACAGAAAUUGAAGAAACCUUGAAGGCUGUCAGCGUUGGUCCACGGUAUCUGAGCAGAUUGGUAGAAGCCGCUGAUCAACUUCUGAGCACAGUCAAACCAGUAACGUCGUCAUAAACUUUCCACAGCUUGUGUGGACAACCUAAAGUAGAUUGUAAAUACAUUUAUCGGAAAUUUAGCGAUUAUUCUUAUUCAUCCACCCCUACAUUAACUUAUUCAUGAUGUGUUUGACCGAAAAUAUGAUAUUGUUACAAUAAUACUUAAUAUUAAAUACUCGAUCAUUGGAUAAUGCAA